AUGACCAAGCGAGGAACACUUUCGGAAGUGGCCAAGCUCUUUGACCCUCUUGGAUGGGCGGCACCGGUCCUCGAGUUUGCCAAGAUUAUUCUUCAGGAUUUAUGGCUGACUGGUCGUGGCUGGGAUGAUCCACUGCCCACGGAGCUGACACAGUCGUGGCACACCUUCCGAGCGUCUCUGCAACAAUUGGAGGACGUGCGCUUGCCUUGUUGGGUCAAGCGCGGCUCAGACACGGUCACCCUCGAGCUUCAUGGCUUUUCCGAUGCUUCGGAGCGAGCCUAUGCCGCUGCCGUCUAUUUGCGAGCAGUACAGAAGUCGGGCAAAGUUGCGACACACCUAUUGGUGGCGCGAACUAAGGUCGCCCCGAUAAAAACUCAGAGCAUCCCACGCCUUGAGUUGUGCGGGGCUUUCCUGCUGGCGAGACUACUCGCUCGUACCGCCGGGGAUCUCAGUCUCCCGGUAACCGUGAUCUAUGCCUGGACGGACGCGCAGGUGGUCCUCAGCUGGCUGAAAUCCCACGCUUCAAGGUGGAAGCCAUUUGUAGCCAACCGAGUGGCUGAAGUCCAGAGCCUUCUACCGAUCGACCAAUGGAAUUACAUCCCAACGUCGCUCAAUCCAGCGGAUGCCGCGACGAGAGGCGUCUGCCCAGUGGAAUUGCUGACUAUGAACUUGUGGUGGCAUGGGCCGCCCUGGCUCAGCCAGCCCCGUAACAGCUGGCCCGUCCAAGGCGAGCCCGUUGGCGCUGCCUUCCGUGACGAAGAACGGCGGGUAGCUGUACACGAGGCUCACACUCUCCCGGAGGAAACCUUCGUGGAAAGGUUUUCAUCUCUGACUAAGCUUCUUCGAGUAACUGCUUAUGGUUUUAGAUUCUAUCACCAUGCGUCGGGACGAGAACCUUCCCGAAAUGGUUAUCUUACUGCGGACGAGCUGCACUUAAGCCGCUGUGCAUUGGUGAGAAUGGUCUAG